UAUCGGCCGCGCGGACGUGGCCUACAAAACCCAGUGUACAAGACCAUUACGGAGGACUUACCAUGGGAGCUGAAAGCUCAAAACAGAAGACCAAGGAUCCCAAUGACAUAUCUCUGAGCCUCAGAGGUCUGUAUGGCUAUCACAAUGUGGUGAUCCACACAGCCCAGGUCCUGGGCUCUGGAGCCUAUGGCAAUGUGGUGAAGGCAACAUUGGAUAAAAAGCCAUGUGCUGCUAAAAUCCUCCACCGAGUCAUCGUGGACUCCCAGGACCCUGGACUCCCUGACUUCAUCUCUCGAUUUGAGCAGGAGUGCCAGAUCCUACGAGACCUGAAACAUCCAAACAUUGUCCAGUUCCUGGGUGUGGUCCAAGACCCCACCACCAACAAGCCCAUUCUCCUCAUGGAGAUGAUGAAAGACAGUCUUACACACUUUCUAGAGAGCUCGGCAACUGACAUACCCUACCAUGUCCAAGUGAACAUCUCCCACGACAUAGCUCUAGCAGUGGCUCACCUGCACAGAAAUGGCAUCCUCCAUCGAGACCUGUCCAGCAACAACGUCCUCCUGAGUGCCAGCCACCAGGCCAAGGUGACCGACUUUGGCAUGUCCAAGAUCGCAGCCUCCAAUCCCUCCAUGACCCGCAGUAAGGUGACCCAGUGUCCAGGAACACUGGUCUACAUGCCACCAGAGGCCCUUCGUCCCCAGCCUCGCUACUCAGACAAGAUUGACACUUUCUCCAUUGGAGUUCUCCUUCUCCAGAUUGUCACCAGAACGUUCCCUGCUCCCACUGCUGCCUCCACUACUAGGGAAGACCCUACCUCUGCCUGGGGAGAGAUCGAUAUCCCCAUUCCCGAAGUGGAACGUCGAAAGUCUGAAAUCGACAAAGUGCCAGCCGAUAGUGGUUUUCUUCCAGUCGUUAAAGACUGCCUCAAAGACAAGAGUAAAGACAGACCAACAGCUGCCCAGCUCUGCCAUAGUCUGGGCACACUGAAGAGUACUGCAGUCUACAGUGGGAGUCUUAGUGCAGAGCUUCUUGAAGGAAGAACAGAGCUCCACGAUGCUGCUGAGAGAGGAGAUGUGAAGGCAGUUCGGAAACUCCUCUCCACUUCUGUCAAUAUCAACUCCAGGACUGAGGAUGAAGGAGACACUGCUCUACUGGUAGCCUCUUGCAGAGGUCAUGUUGAGGUUGUACGUCUGUUGCUUGAGGCUGGGGCUUCAGUCUUAAUUCCCGACAAGAAUGGUACCAGUCCACUCUAUGUUGCCAGUCAAGAGGGACAUUCUGAGGUGGUGGAUGUCCUGGUGAAAGCCGGAGCUGAUGUCAAUCAGGCUUGGACCAAAGAGUCAUGUAGUGUUCCUCUGGAGACAGCUGCCCAUAAUGGGCAUACUGAGACAGUUCAGAGACUGUUGGAGGCAGGAGCAAUCGUCAACCACCAGAACAAGAGUGGUCAGACUCCAGUCUGGUCUGCCUCCUUGAAUGGUCAUACAGCUGUAGUUCAACUGCUGAUAGAGAAUGGAGCUGACAUCAGUAUCUGUGAUAAGAAUGGUGCCAGUCCACUCUAUGUUGCCAGUGAGUAUGGACACUCUGAUGUAGUGGACAUUCUGCUGCAGGCUGGUGCUGAUGUCCACAAGGCCACCACCAAGAGUGGUUCUGUUCCUCUGGGGAUAGCUGCCAAGAAGGGACACACCGAGACAGUUCAGAGACUGUUGGAGGCAGGAGCCAACAUCAACUACCAGAACAAGGAUGGUGUUGUUCCUCUGGGGAUAGCUGCCGAGAAGGGACAUACUGAGGCAGUUCAGAGACUGCUGGAGGCAGGAGCCAACGUCAACCACCAGAACAAGGUUGAGGCUUUUGGUUGUUAAAAUCAACAUAGUUUUUCCUACAUGCAUCUCUGCACAUGGCCUGCUCAAAAGUGCAAGUUUUGUGUGGUUGAUACCUUGCGAGAAGUCAGUGUCUGAGUGACUGUUGGACAAUAAAUCCUUCCAAAACGACAAACAACAGAAUGUUUCCCAGGGAUACAUAUUUCAGUUAAUGGGGUGGGCUCCAUUACUUCCAGGGUUUAGUCCCUGUGAUUGUACUCCGGGCAGGAGGGAGUGGCAACACCCUCCUCUCCGCCACAAAGGCAGGCCAG